UCUGGCGCCUCUGAUUAAACGGUCAACAACACUGAGGGCGCACGGAUAUCUCGCCUCAGCUGAGUAGGCGACCUCCUACCGACUUACUUCACGUCACCCCGCCCGUCUGCCUGCCGUCUCCUCCCUAAAACCUUUACUGCGACCAUCCCUCUGAGCCACUCUGGGCUGAGGGGAAAAAAGAAACUGAGAGAGACAGAGGGGAGAAAGUGUGUGACAGAGAAAUACAUGCAGACUCCAAACAUCACCUAGACUACCUGCUCCAUCCAGCACAACAAGGAGGAGGAGGACGCACAAGUGCAGGCGCGUCCAUGCGUGCCAGCCGAACAAGACAAUAAGCGGGCAAAAGGACCACAGAUCCAAAAAUUGGACUAAGAGUUUAUCUUGAGAACUCUUUGGAAAAGAGCACAGCUUUUGCUACAAGAACAAAGACAGGCUAAAUGAGUACAUGGUAAGAAGAACCAUGCAUCUCAACAGAGAAGAAGAUAACAGCAAAGGCUCAGUGUCUCUCAGUGUGUUCCUGGUGUCUGUUGCAUCUGUAGUAUGUGCCGUUUGGCUGGUAGCUCUAUGUGGCGUCUGCACCUGGUGUCAACGUAAACUGGGAAAGAGGAAUAAGCCUGGGAUGGAGGCUGCCAGCUCUCCAGAUUCUGUGAGAGGUCGAGGGGAAAAUAAAGCCAUCAACCACAAUGAUUUGGACAGAGACUUUUGGAAUAACAAUGACAGCAGCAACGUGCAACAGAGAUGGAGCUCCUACCCGCCGAAGGAGUUCCUCUUAAACAUGUCUCCCUAUGCUCCCUACGGAGACCCUCGCCUCACGCCCAAGUGAGUCUCAGUCAUGGCUGUGGGGCCGUGGAUAAGGGUGGGCAGUGUGGUGCUGGACCCUCACCGGGUGCCAGUGACAGCGGGGGUGGUGCUUGCUCUGGGGCAGGGCCCAGUCGCAGUGACAGCAUUCGAAGCAUGGUGACGGGGGGCAGCAAGGCCGGUCGCUGGCAGAAGGUCCAGAGCCACAUGCAUGCCGGAGGCCUACGGUUUGGCAAUUUUGGGGACGCUUCCCUCUCGUCUGCUUCCACCCUGGAGCACAUCCCAUCCUCAGCCGUGGCGCGCCCUCGGCCUCUGGUCCGGCAGCAGAGCCUCCAACAGCCCCUCACUCACCAGCCCCCUCCGGGCCCAAACGACCCCCCAGUCACCUCACAGAGCCUGGGCCAGCUGCACACAGGCCCAGGCGGCGGGGGCCACCGCGGGGGCCCGCGCGGGGUUCGGGGGAGUCCGGCUGGAACCUCCCGGCACAGAGGAGCAGGGACAGGUCGAUCGAGGUCAAAUCCUGGCAGCUGGGAUCACAUGGUGGAGCAGAUCCGCCACAGAGGGCUGGAUGUCAAGUCAUUCUUUGAGGGGAAGAUGGUUGUUCUAUCUCUAGCAAUCGGGCUGGCUGAACAGGAUGAUUUCGCCAACCUCCCAGAUCUCCAGGAAGCUCCAGCAAGCAUAGAGAACGAAACCACACCAGAAAAGAGGACUCCGGGUAACAAACCAGGCAGCAGCCCCAGAGGUCAGACCCCAGACGAGACCGGACGUCGCCACGAUGCCAACUCCUCUGUUUCUGACUUGGCCAAUUCCGUCACCAGUGACAUGCUCAUGUUGUCUCCAGGUUCGGAGGAUGAUGACCAUGAGGGUCAAGUGUGUGAGAAGCUGGGUCGUAUUCAGUUCAGCGUUGGAUACAGUUUUCAGGACUCCACCCUCACUGUCAAAGUUCUCAAGGGCCAGGAUUUGCCUGCUAAGGACUUUUCCGGCACCUCUGAUCCGUUUGUCAAACUCUACCUGCUGCCAGACAAGAAGCACAAACUGGAGACCAAAGUCAAGAGGAAGAAUCUGAACCCCCACUGGAAUGAGACCUUCCUGUUUGAAGGAUUCCCCUAUGAGAAGGUGGUCCAGAGGACUCUAUACCUGCAGGUUCUUGACUACGACCGCUUCAGCAGGAAUGACCCCAUUGGAGAGGUGUCCAUACCCCUCAACAAACUGGACCUGGCCAACAUGCAGACUUUCUGGAAGGAGCUGAAUCCAUGUAGCGAUGGCAGCGGGAGUCGAGGGGAUCUGCUGGUGUCUCUGUGCUACAACCCCACAGCCAACACCAUCACUGUGAGCAUCAUUAAAGCACGCAACCUCAAAGCCAUGGACAUUGGAGGCACUUCUGACCCCUAUGUAAAAGUGUGGUUGAUGCACAAGGACAAGCGUGUGGAGAAGAAGAAGACGGUGGUAAUGAAGCGCUGUCUAAACCCCGUUUUCAACGAGUCCUUCCCCUUUGACGUGCCUGCUCACGUGCUGAGAGAGACCACCAUAAUUAUCACCGUCAUGGACAAGGACAGGCUCAGUCGCAAUGAUGUCAUUGGAAAGAUUUAUCUUUCAUGGAAGAGCGGCCCGGCAGAGGUAAAACACUGGAAAGACAUGAUGGGUCGUCCUCGUAAUCCUGUGUCCCAGUGGCAUGCUCUCAAGGCCUGAGGGACCCAAGGACCUGCCUACAGUGUUUUCCCCUCAGAAUUCAGCAUCAGCUCCUGCCCUCAGCACAUAUCCCCCAUAUUUCCUAACUGCAGUGUUGGGCUGAAGACAAUGUGUGUCAUCUCUUUGUUCUCAGGCCUCUUUGAUAUCCUCCGCCCUCAGUCAUCCUUAAAAUUUCACCCUCGUCAAGUAUCGAUUCCCACCUGACCCUUGUCUCAUCUCUUUUGUCAGAACUUAAAAAUGUCUUUGAUGUCUUUCCUCACUUCCUCCUUGUGAGAUUUUUCUUCAAGAUUAUUCUCAGUCUUUCCUUCACCUUGUCAACCAUUCCCAGUGUUCAACAUCAGAGCAGUACCUCUUGCCACCCCUGAAUACAAACUACCAACCAAAAAUUUGUCAAACUAAUAUUCCAACAAUUCUCUGUGGUGGCGAGACGUGUGUGUGUGAAUGGCACUGACCUGUGCAACCCAUUUAUUCACCUACAUCUGGUGUUGCAGUGAGGAAUCUUCCACUCUGCUCCUUGCCUCUUCGUUCAAGCCCUCUUCCGUUACUUCACUAUUCCUGCAUACCUUUUUAAAAUGCCUGAAAAAUCAGGAAAACCGACACAGGCAAUGGAAGAGUGAUGGGCUGUAUUUUAAAUGGAAUUGGACUCACUCAACUCAUGUUUGAUCUUUUUCACUUUUCACUCUUUCUCUGGCACCAGUGCACACUGUAAUAAUUCUUCCUUGGCUGGAACCCUUUGUCGUCUGUGUGUGCUGUGGGUGAUGUGCUGUAACCCCAAAUGAAGUUCUUCGAUAAAAAAAAAAAGGAUAUGAACAUGAACGUUUAACGAUGGUCCAAUAGGGCAAGUGUAAAAAAAAAAAAAAAUGUUCCAAUUGUUUUUUUUUUUUUUAAAGAAAUCCCAAUGGACAGAAAAAAAUGAGUAAAGUGAUUAAUGUUGUGUUUUCUUUUUUGAUUUUCAAAAGAACUUACAGAAUCAACCUGUUCUUCCAGACACAGAAAAUAAGCAAAAAGCCAGCUUCCGUGUGUGUGUGUGUGUGUGUGUGUGUGUGUGUGUGUGUGUGUGUGUGUGUGUGUGUGUGUGUGUGUGUGUGUGUGUGUGUGUGUGUGUGUGUGUGUGUGUGUGUGUGUGUGUGUGCCUGUCUGUCUGUCUGUCUGUGUGUAAAUAAGGGAGUAUUUUGCACAGCUAAAUAAGACUGUAGACUAUAAGACUAAGAAAUUGUUGAAAACAGCUCUUGAUAACGAUAAUGGAAAUAGGGUAUUGUUAGAAUUUGUGGUGUUGAAGUUAGCUGAAGACGUGGGGAGGUCACUGAUGUUAAAGGAUCAGUCCACCCAAAUCACAGACACAUAUACAGUAUUUUCUAACAUACUUCUAGUGGUAUUAAGCUAGGCAGAUAGUUUCAGAUGUAUUUGUGGUGGGUUUGAUCGCUGAAAUCACUGCUGCCACCCCAAAUACAAAGGAGAUAAAUAGGAUUUUUAUUGUGAAAAAAAAUUCCACAGCAGCUCGUCUCUCCAGAAACGAUGUUCUGGUUAAUCGGAUAAUCCACAAACCCCUCAGUGAAUGGUUUUACAUUGGGACUGGGAGAAAUCGGUGAAAGUUGCUGACAACAUCUAUCCUCAAAAACAUUGAUUAUGAAACUUCCUACAUAGCUUGAUACCACUUGGGCUAAUUGGGCAAAACAUGUUCUCAUGACAUAAAAACCUAACUCUUUUUUUCAACCACAUCUCACAGUUUUCCUCAGCAGAUGGAGUUUGCAGUUGAGUCCAAGAUGACCUGGUGGAAAACAGACUGCUCAACCCCCCACUUGCACACAGUGGCAUUGCACCAAUACGCCAAGGCCAAGACAUCUGUGAUGGCGCCAAAACACCCUGAGGAAAAUGAAAUCAUUGAAAGCAAGGACCGCACAGCACCGCCCUACAACUGGUUAGUUUUGAUGCGGCGCCACUUUGUGCAAGCCAGGAGGAGGACCCUGAGAUGCAGUCAAAAUGGAAAAGCUAGAAAGUGGACCUUUAGUUCAGAUUUCUUUUGCCAAACUACACACAAUAAUUUGUGAUUUGGGUAAACUGACAAUUUAUGAACGUGGGUAGUAAAUGACUUUGUUAUGGUUACAGAUAGUAAUAUGUUAAGAAAUCAGAUGUAGAUGAAAUAAAUAAUAAAAUAAAAACGCACUAUGCCUGUCACCCACAUUACAAUGUAUUUAUCCGCUGCAUAAAUGUGCGCAUUAAACCGGGAAUUGGCAUUACAGAACACUAUAAGCCUUUUCUGUUUUUUAUUUUUAUGAGUCCAAGGAUAAUAUUAGACAUAUUGUUUGUUUUUUGGGUCAAGUCAGUCUUACGGUCAUUUGCUUCACUGCUUGAAUCUGACCUCCUCCAUGUCCCAUAUAGACAUUUAUGAAACAAAUGAGAGUAAUAAUAUCUGGAGGUAAAGUCUUUUUACAUUCCACUGUUCGUUUUUGUCUUGUGUGUGUGUGUGUGUGUGUGUGUGUGUGUGUGUGUGUGUGUGUGUGUGUGUGUGUGUGUGUGCGUGCGCGUGCGUGCGUGCGUGUGUGUCAAUAUUUGAACUUUAGUUUGUGUGAUUGUAUUUCCUGUGAGUCCCUUUGUGUGUGUAUUUAUAUCUGCACUGAGUUCUAUUUUGCCAGAUUAAUACAGAACAACAUUGUUUACCGUUUUUAUUCUGUAUGAAACAAUCCAGAUGUACAAAAAAAUAUGUUUUUUUAAAAGUUGUCACUUCUUUAAGAAUCACUGCACUUGUUGACGAUGAUGCUGGAACAAACCUCUCUUCAUAGCAGGGUUAUUUUCCUUGGGUGUGGUUCUAAAUGAUGUAAAUCUGUUAGACAUGAGCUGAGAGUGAAGGUCAAAGGGGAUAUGUCACAAACAAGCUUUACGACAGAUGGAUAAAAACCUGUUUUCUUUGACCAUCAUACAUCGUUUUUUAUUUCAGACGGAAGCAGCUUCCAACAUUUUGUCCUAUCUGUCCUUCCGAUCUGAUUCACCAAGACCAAAAAAUGAAGGGUGGCACCUUAACAUCACAGCUGACGUGACCCAAAACACCCCCGUCGUGCACACAUGCUUUCUGGCACAAAGUGUUCUGUGUGCCUUAUAAACCCUGCCACGACUUUGCUCUUCACCAUAUGUGCUCCCUCUCCAAGUGUCAGGGAGGGGGGGAGGAAAAAAAAGGUGAGACAGGAGAUAAUCAUCACCUCUUUGCAUCACUGUUAGCUACAUCUCAGGUCAGAGCAUCGGAAGAUCCCAAAAUAACCGGGAACACAGUCAGCUGUCUGUCCUGAUGGCCCUGUGCGUGAAACAAGGCAUUAUUUACAUUCCAAAAGCUUAGUGAAAGUCACUUUAUCAAUGCAACUUGAAUAUUGGUUGAAUAACAGUCAGGGUUUGGUGUAUUUUAUUUUUAAGAAAUCGAGCUAGAUUUUGUUAGUCUACACUCUUCAUUGGCCAAAUACCAUAAACGUAUAUAGAUUUUACUGGAGAAGCUCGCAUUUCUGAUUUAGGGCAUUCUCUUGGGGGACUGCUUGAUACAAAGAGAGGUUAACCAGCAACAUUUUAAUUUAUAUACUGUAUAAAUGAUUGUGAAGUGUCCUGUAUGAAAAAAAGAAAAUCAUCAGUAUUUACUGGGGUUGUUGAUAUCUGUCUGUCCUUGGUAUCACUCAGCCCCAUCUUUUAGUCCCUUUUCUCUUUGUAGUUACACAUCCGUGGGGUGCACAAUGUUAAAUAUCAACCAUUUAUUUUUUUGAAAUCUGUACAGUGUAUAUAAAAAUAUAAAUGUGUAUAUAAAACAAAGAUACUUCUGGUA